AUGUUGCGAAGAAAAGAGAACAUAGUGAUGUUCCCAUUCAUGGCACAAGGCCAUAUCAUACCUUUCCUAGCAUUAGCCCUUCAACUAGAACAAAUGAAGAAGUAUACCAUAACCUUUGUUAACACUCCUCUUAACAUCAACAAACUAAGAUCAUCGAUCCCUAUAAACUGCUCCAUUCACCUUCUUGAAAUCCCUUUCGAUAGCUCAGGCUAUGGCCUGCCUCCAGGCACUGAAAACACUGACUCUAUUCCUAACCAUCUUAUAGCCAACCUUCUCCAUGCUUCUUUGUCUCUCAAACCUUCGUUCAGGAAACUCAUUUCUGAUCUUGUUAAGGAACAAAAUGGCCACCCACCACUCUGUAUAAUCACUGACAUUUUCUUUGGCUGGUGCUCAGAGAUUGCACAUGAGUUCGGUGCAUUUCAUGCCAUAUUUUCUGGAAGUGGAGGUUUUGGUAUUGCAUGUCAUUACUAUCUGUGGUUAAACCUGCCUCAUCAGAUGAAGAAUUCUGAUGAAUUCACUGUACCAGAUUUCCCUGAAGCUUCUAAAAUUCACGUAACACAGUUGGCAGAAAAUUUGAGAGUAGUCAAUGGAAGUGAUCUCUACUCUGUGUUUCUACAGAAUGUGCUCCCUGAAUGGAUGAAUUCUGAUGGGAUUUUGCUGAACACAGUGGAGGAACUUGACAAGGUUGGAUUGGAAUAUUUUCGGCUUAAAAUUGGCAAGCCAGUUUGGUCAAUUGGGCCAGUUCUCCUUUCCAAGAGAAGCCAAGAUCAAGCUGCAACUACAACUGAGCUGUGUAAAAACUGGCUUGAUACCAAACCUGUGAAUUCAGUUCUUUACAUAUCAUUUGGUUCACAGAAUGCAAUAUCUGCACCGUAUAUGAUGGAAUUGGCAGUCGCAUUGGAGGCUAGUGGAAAGAAUUUUAUCUGGGUUGUUAGGCCACCUAUUGGCUUUGACAUCAACAUGGAAUUCAAAGCAACAGAAUGGUUGCCUGAAGGAUUUGAAGAAAGAAUGAAAGAUUCAAAAAGAGGGUUAUUAGUGCACAAAUGGGCACCACAGGUGGAAAUUCUGUCUCAUAAGUCUAUAUCAGCGUUUUUAAGUCAUGGUGGAUGGAGCUCGAUAAUCGAAUCUUUAAGCCAUGGCGUGCCAUUGAUUGGGUGGCCAAUGGCAGAAGAGCAAUUCUACAAUGUCAUGCUUUUAGAAGAACAAAUUGGAGUUUGUGUGGAGGUGGCUAGAAGGAAGAGCUGUGGGGUUAGGCAUGAAGAUAUAGUGAACAAGAUAAUGUUGGUAAUGGAUGAGACAGAGAAGGGGAAGGAAAUGAGAAAGAAAGCAUUGGAGGUUAGGGAUAUGAUUAUGGAUGCCGUUAAAGAUUUUAAAGGGUCUUCUGUCAAAGCCAUGGAUGAGUUCUUGAAUGCUGCAUUGCUGAGGCAAGAAGAGGCAAUGAGGACAGGUGAUUCAUGA